AUGAUUCAAGCCGCAUGCAACGAUUUCAAAGCCCUUGCCGUCCUUCGAGCCUUGGGAGGAGCUGCAGAAGCUUGCGCGGACCCGGCUUUUAUGCUCAUCACGAGUAUGUGGUACACGCGACGAGAACAACCAGUUCGAAUGGGAUUGUGGUAUACUGCCAAUGGACUUGGGAUUGCGCUUGGUGGCCUGCUCGGGUAUGGCAUUGGAAACAUAAAAGGUGCUCUUCCUUCGUGGAAGUACGAGUUUAUCGUGAUUGGCUCCCUCUGUUCCGCAUGGGGAAUCGUCAUGUUUAUCUUCCUUCCGGAUUCGCCCGUCACUGCACCGGGCCUCAACCAGAGACAACGUCGAAUGGCCGUUGAGCGAUUGAAAGAAAACCAGACAGGUAUCGAGAACAAGCAUCUCAAGCCGCGACAAGUGCUCGAAGCAUUCUUAGACUACAAGCUCUACAUUUUCUUUCUCUUGGGUGUCGUCUGCAAUAUCCCAAACGGCGGAAUCUCCAACUUCGGAACGAUCAUCAUCCAAGGCUUCGGUUUCUCAACCCUAGUUACCACACUGAUGCAGAUCCCCUAUGGCGUUCUAAUCGCCCUCUCUAUCCUCGCAUGCGUCUACUUCAACGAUAGAUUCGAGAACCGACGCUGCGUCUUUAUUCUCAUCUUCCUCCUUCCCAACAUCGCUGGUUCAUUCGGUCUGCGCUUCGUAUCGGUGGAGCAGAAAGUCGGCCGCUUGAUUUGUUACUACUUGACGGGGCCGUAUAACGCGGCUUUCGUUAUGAUUCUGAGUAUGCAGGUUGCAAACACGGCAGGCCACACCAAAAAGGUCGUCACCAACGCAGUCCUGUUCCUCGGAUAUUGCGCAGGGAACCUCGCAGGUCCAUUUUUCUACAAAGAUUCUCAAAAACCUCUAUACGAACUAGGCAUCUGGUCCAUGAUCGUCUCCCACCUGAUCGAAGUCGUCCUCAUUACAGCCCUGGGUUUCCUCCUUCGCUGGGAGAAUCAAAAACGGGAUCGCAUUCAAUCACAGAUGGAAGGUGGUUUGGAAGGGAGAGAUUUGGAUGCCACUGCAUUUUUGGAUUUGACGGAUCGGGAGAAUUUGAAUUUCCGAUAUAUAUAUUGA